CGAGCUGGCCACUGUCAUGUUUUCAAGUUAAUUUAUAUAAAUCCGAUGCCCACCACCGAUUGCACCCACCCAACAAACACCUCCCUCCGCCCAAUAGAGAUUGGGCAUUAAAUUGUGCAUCGCAUUUGGGUAUGAAUGAGUAAGCAGAGUGCAUUAACGCACACACGCAUCGGUCGGUCGGUCGGUCGGUGCAUAUGUGCAACCAGCAGCACUCCUCUUGGCCAACAGCACACGUUUGUUGGGAGAGUGAGUGAUGAGUGCGAGAGCGUGUGCAUUAUUACAACUACACUCUUGGCUCGGGCGCGGAGCCGUUAUAGCGCCCAGGCAGUAGGCAAUGAGGACUGUUGCCGCCGCGCUGUGUACAGAGGAGAGCGAGUGUUUGAUUCGCAUUUUAUUAUGUAUUAUUAUUAUAAAAUGACUAAUACAAGAAGAGAGUGUGGAGAGCGGAAUAUUAUUAGCGGGCGCACAUACACCGAAAAUGACGAUGAGAUCGAGAAUAAUAAAGUUCACGGCACGCGGAGGAGACGGAGACACAUGUGGAGUGUUGUACUGAACGGGGUUUUUCGGAACGUGCUGGAGAAGCAUAAUAACACUUAGCAGUCAGUUAACGACGCUAGGUCAGCGCUAACGGAUGUGUCCUGCUGUAAAAAAGGAGGUGGCAGAGCUCAUUUGUGUGUGAUUAAGAAGGCAAGGAAAACUUGUGUGUUUGUUGUGUCCGCUUCGGCCACAUCAAGAUUAGCGGGUUCGGUGCUUCGCAAGUGCAUGUGCCAAAAAGGAUACACACUGUGGUGACGGUCGGGUUGUGAACACGGAUCUUCAACCGAAGUGUGUUUGACCACCCAUAAUCAUAGGUGCGGUGGCCAUCAACCGAUAGACCAAACCAAACCAGACGAACGACGACGUUUGGCGCAAAUUAUUAUUACUGUUUGAGCGAUCCAAAGGAUUUGCACAUUUCGGGUCGGGUCGUACGACGGAAAGACAAUACCGUCUCGUUAAUUACCGAUAAUGAGAUAAAAGCGCGCGUGGGGUGAAGUAUCAGGUUGUAUACGAUGACAAAUGGUCGUUCCCGAACAAUGCCAUGUUGUGAAAUGUGAAUUUAUGGUGCACUCGGACGUGAUACGACUCGCUAAUGAAUGUUGAUUUUUAAGGUGUGCAAGUUGAAUACCGUGUGUGCGUUAAUCCUAGCAUGCCGUGGCAGCCAACAGUUUCGCGUGGCUCGCAAACCUACUGAUCUAGUUUUUUGCUGUUGCUGCUGUUGUUGUUGCCUGGGUUACGCCAAGGACUACGUGAUGUGAUUCGGAACGGCCGGUGUUUGGUGAGAAACAGUUUGACAAAAGUUGGAAAUUAUGUCAGAUUCUAACAAAAGUGAUCAGCUGAUAGCGAGUGUUCAUGUUUAAACUAUCAACCAGUGUGUGAACUUGUGUAUGUCCCUUCAAACAUAAAACUGUCGUGUCAGGUGUUAUAUGAGUACACAACUCUUGGCGGUGAAACAAGCCGUUCGCAAGUUGACACCCACCCGAACCGAAUAAACUCCAGAGAAACCCCUAACGCACCAUGCUUUGUUGCUGGUGUUGAGUGUCCGGUGUUGGAAUAUGGCUGAAGGAGCACAACCGCCUCCACCACCACCACCACCAUCAUCACUAUCAGCAGCAACAUCGACAGGGUCAGCACUGUUAGACGCAUUAGACAAUAGUGGCAGCAGUGGCGGCGGCGUCGGCAGCAACAGCAUUCUCAUCAACAACAGCAACAACAACAACAACCCCAACACAACCAGAUUGUGUGGAAUGCUUGGCAUCAACAUGCCCUGUGAAGCGGCAGGACAUGAUUUCAGUACCGUCCGGAAGGAGCUCGAGUAUGUGAAUUCGAUCGCAUCGCAUUACGGCGCGAAUCUCUCGGAAAAGGGAGACCACCGGGGGGUUGGGGACCAUCAGCAGCGAGUGGCGAGCUUCAAGAUUGAGGACCGUGAAAGAAGUGAUAAUUGCAGUCGAUCAAAUAGUCCUGUGCUGGACGAGUUGAGUCCGGUGGCGUCGAGUCGCUCGAAGGUAGCCGCGGCUCUGCGAAGCCGUGAAAAAAUGUCACCUCUUGCCCUGCCGACUGCCAGUGGAUCGCCGGUCACGAAUUCAGCGGCAGCAGCUGCAGCCGUCGCCGCUGCAGCCCAAGUGCAUCUGAAUGGAACUAUGCAAGAUAUGAUGAAUCUGCAGAAACUACAAAGUUUGGCCCAGAUGACAGGUGGUGCGGCGGUUCUGCCCGGAUUGGGCCUAUCAAAUGCUGGACUUCCCACGCCAGCACUUCCGUCGGCAGCGGCAGCGUUACUUAGUAAUUCCCCGUUGAAUCUGAGUCUUGGAGCACAAAGUCAUUCACCUGUGAUGGGAGCACUUGCGGCCGCACCACAGACGAUCCCCUCGGCAGCCUCUCAAAUGCCCCAACUGAUACUGGCUUCGGGACAAAUUGGGCAGGGUAUUCAGGGUGCGCAACUGCUGAUACCGACUUCCCAAGGCAUCGCCACCCAAACCAUACUGACGAUCCCCAUGGGGCAACAGGUUAUUUCGAGCAUGAGUAGCGAAAAUUUAUUGCAGUGUUUAAAUUUUAAUACCGUCGCAAAUAACAACUUCAACGAUAUGUUGAAUCAGUCCACCCAUCAUCACCACCCGGGGAAUGCGGCGUUUGCGGCGGCAGCGGCAGCGGCUGCAGCAGUGGCAACCCGUGAAUCACCGGUUACCGUCAAUAGUCCAAUUAAUACCAACAGCUUACUUGCGAACCCACUUGCAUUGGCCGCAGCCGCGGCCGCAAACAACAAUCACCACCAUCACUCCCAUCAUCAUCACCAUCAGAUGCAUCACCAGCAUCAGCACCAACAGCAACAGCAGCAGACGCAUCAACAGCAUCAGGCCAAGCAUUUACACUUCGGACACCAAUCGGUUGCAUCCUCGUCCGGUGGUUCAUUAGUGACACCUUCGUCGGCCCAUCAUCAUCACCAGCAGCCGCCGUCUUCGGGGGGACACGUGAUAGAUAGGAUUAAAAAUUUAUCAACCCACGAGAAGACACCGUCGGAACGGUCCACGCCGGAAAUGCGCAUCAAGCUGGAAUCCCCCAAUAUGGCCUCGCCGAGUGGGGGCACCCCUCAACCAUCUUCGUCGCGGCCCGGUAGCGGCAGCUUUGCGUCUUGCGUUUUCGAUAAGUCGCCCCCGCUGAAACGGACCAUUUCGCCAAGUAUACCACCCUGCGCCGGUAGCAACAGCAGCAGCAACAGCAAUGGCAGCAGCUGCAGUAGCAACAACAGUUGCGCCACCAGCGGUCUCAGCGGCUCCGCCGGGGGACAAAUGCAGCUCGGCAAGAAUCGCACCAGCCCGCAUCACUCGCCCUCGGACGGUGCGAUAAGUAGAAUCACAACAUCGAAUGGUGAAAUCACGGUGACUAAAUCGCAAGCACCUUCCACUCCGCCCCUAUCAGUACAAAAAAAUCACGCCGCAUCGCUGCACUUCAACCCAUCCAUCUCUCCCAAGCCAAUGGUCCAUCACACGCGAGAUCAACAUCACCAUCCCCAUCAUCACCCACAUCAUCAUCUGCACCAUCAGCAGCAACAGCAACAGCAUCAGCAUCAAGGGCAGCAGCAUUCAGCGCCAUCAAGCCACAAUUCAACUCAAUUGGUAGCAUCGGCAGCAGCAGCAUCCACGUCCACAUCGGGAGAUACACAUCUGCAGAAGGAGCCGCAACAGGGAUUACACAAACCAUCCGCUUGCUCGACCUCCUCCUCUUCCGCUCUCAGCAGUACCACUCCCGGGAUGAUGUCCCUCACUCUGGACGAUGUGGAGCAGAAGAUUUCCCCCCACUCGGUCGGCUCUUCGUCGUCCAAGAGGCAUAGAAGUCUUACGCCCCCGCCUCGGAAGCUGAGCCCGACCGGGUCGGGGUCGGUUCUGCUCUCCCAGGACGACGAAGAGGAUGACGACAACAACUCCAACCCCAACGAGCUGGAAGAUUCUCCAAAUGAGCUGACGAUCAACCAAACCAACUGCAACGUGGUCGACGGAAUCGAUCUGGAUGACAUCAAGGAGUUCGCCAAGGCGUUUAAGCUGCGUCGUCUUUCGCUGGGCCUAACCCAAACUCAGGUGGGCCAAGCAUUGUCCGUUACCGAGGGGCCCGCCUACAGCCAAAGUGCAAUCUGCAGUGCUCUCGCCGCCCAAAUGUACUGUGCAGCUCAGCUCUCAUCCCAGCAGCAGCAAAUGUUUGAAAAGCUAGACAUUACACCCAAAAGUGCACAAAAAAUCAAACCUGUGCUGGAGCGCUGGAUGAAAGACGCCGAGGAAAGCCACUCGUCCCGGUUCAAAUCAGGCCAGAACCACUUGACGGACUUUAUCGGUGUGGAGCCAUCGAAGAAGCGGAAAAGGCGGACAUCGUUCACACCCCAAGCCCUGGAGCUGCUGAACGGGCACUUUGAACGGAAUACGCAUCCCUCAGGAACGGAGAUCACCGGCCUCGCCCAUCAGCUCGGCUACGAACGCGAAGUCAUCCGGAUUUGGUUCUGCAACAAGCGCCAGGCUCUCAAGAACACCGUACGAAUGAUGUCGAAAAAUUUCAAAAUGGAAACCUCCUAAGAUGAUUGUUUUAGUCUACUUAGUUUAUGUAAAUAUUCUUCUACAGGACCUUUAUUUUAAUUUAUGUGCCAUUGGUUAGAAAGUUCUAGUUCAACUACCGAGCAGACAUUUCAGUGCAUUUUGGUCUAGUUUAUUCAAUUGUACUACAAUUUUGGAAUUAAGACGUGUUCGAGAAAAGAGAAGAUAUUCAUCAUCAGUUUGAUUUAGUCAACAACAAAUCGUACUUUCAAUUAGUUUAUAAUUAAGUAAAAAUGAAGCAACCAAAGUUCCUACAAAGUAAUCGUAAGAGUUAUUAACAGAUGAUGCUAAUACAUUAAAAAUUAGUAGCGGAAAAAGUGAACGAAAAUGAAUGCACUCCGUAGUGGCUACAGAUAUCGCAUUUUGCGAAACGAAAUCUGUCUUUGUUGUUGUUUUCUGUUAGACCAAGUCUAGGUAUCUAUCGAAAACAUAAACUCGGAGCAGAUUCCAUCCGAAAUCUGGAAAUUUAUCAAAAGGGUGCCAAAAGUUCAAUCCUAAAAUUUACUAUGACAGCAAAAAAUGUGCCAUAACUUGGUUCUGUCCGCUCUCUCAUUAUCGCACACUCGCAUUCAUCGUUGUCGUCGGUGUCAUUUGUCAAACAAAACCGCCAUAAAUGAUUUAGGUUAAUUUCUCACUAAAGGUGUAAAAAAUAGAAACUUUAGAUCAUAAGUAAAGAGUGUGUAAACAAGACAACCGAAAUCGGUUUACACAAGCCGUGACACAUUUGUAAGAAAAUUUGGAUGUAAAAAGUAAACGAAAUCUCACAUACGAACGUAAUAAAUGAACAUACUGAUGGAGUAUACGAAACAUGGUCUCUUCAAUUGGCAAGUCCCUAUUCAAAAUUCCACCCCUCCGUUAUCAUUAAAUAGGCGACCGGAUAGUUAUACCAGAACAACACUUAGCAAAGCAAGCAGCGGUAGGUUUUGUAUUGCACCAACUUUUUUCGUCAGAAUUUCACCUCAUCGUUGUAGUCAUAAAGUUGUACUCACCAACAGCCAAACGCAGCAGAAUUCAGAGGAAUUUCCGUUGGAAAAGAAUUGUUCAUAUCUCACCAAUAGCGCUAACAAAGUGCAUACCUAUAUCAGAUGUAAAUUCUACAAUUGUGCUACAAGAUAUCCAAAAACUUUGAUGACUGUAAAUAUAUAAACACACAAAAAAACACAAGAGAAUGAAUCCUUUUAUAAUAGGAAAAGUCGUAAAAAGGAGAAAAAAUACACGCCUCAUAGAUUUAGUUGUUAAGAUGAGUGUUUAGGACUUGGUAUCGAAGAUAGCAUAUUUAUGUGAUAUGUAAAAACUAACGGAUUGCAGAUAAUUUCACACACACAGACACACAGAAAAGAAAAAAAAACAAAAACCUGCGAAUUCGCCGAAACGCGGAGCGCAAGAUAUACCAACUAGAGGAACCAGUCAGCUUCGAUGGAGAAAACUAUGUGGAGCAAAUUUGGCUAUAUAGUUGUACGAAAUAUAUUAUUCGAUGAAUAAACAUUUAUGAAAUAAAA